AUGUCCAACCCAAGCACAACAGAGCCAAACCCGCAGGAAACCGCAGCUCCGACGACAUCAGAGCCCACGAUGCCACCCGCGCCUGCGACUACGUCGGCCGAUGCCGUGAGCCGCGACAUUAUCAUGACUGAUGCCGCCGAGCCGUCAUCGUCUCCCGCCCCGAUCCCGCAGGCAGCUCCGAGCGCUCCCAGCCCUGCCCCCGGCCGAACAGGUACCCCCAGCCGCAACCUCAAUGGCGAGGCCAGCUCCCGCGCUGGUUCAGCUCACCCCGAUACUCAUCCCACGAACCUUCCUAAUCAGGCGGUCGAGCAUGGCGACCCUGCUCGGAUGUACAUAAACAGCCACGUGAGCGCCGUCCUGUUGGAGGGCAUGAAAAUCAUUGGAAAGAACAAGCCCAAGAAUCCUCUCAAGGUCCUGGGCGAGUUCCUCCUCGAGGAAUCUCGUAAGCGAGGCGAGCCGUCUGGUUGA